AUGUCGGAUAAUGGUGAAAGAGAUAAAGCUAUUGAUCCUGAAAUGAGGCAGAACGAGGUUGAUUCUGAAAGUGAGGAUAACAGUGAUGAUAUAUACUCUGAUGAGGAUGAAUGUCAUGAAUUUGAUGCCAUGAAAGCGGUAUCUUCUGUUGCCAACUUUGUAUGCACUACAGAAGUUGAUCCUCGUAGUGUCUCGAGUGAUUCUUUUAUAGGGUUCAUGAAGUCGCUUAAUCCUCAAUUUCAGCUUGACUACACUAGCGUUGAGGCCAAGUGUGUGGCAAGUUUUCUGAAAGAGAAGGUGAAAAUUAUGGAAAAGUUGGGGAGUUUUGAUGGGGAGAUUAGUGUUUCUGUUGACGUAAUGGGAUGGAGGACAAGCUUUGUGCGCGUUUCAUUACAUUUCAUUGAUGAAAGUUGGAGUUUGAAGAAUUGGGUAAUCAAGUUCUGUUCUCUUGAGAAACCAAGUUAUGUUUCGCCUUGGGAAGCCAUUGUGGAGUCAUUGGAAGAUUGGGGCAUAAAGAACAAGAUAUCCACAGUUACAAUGAGCUCUUUUUAUGAUGCUGAUACAUUUGAUUACAUCAAAGAACAUGGUCUAGAAAAGAAGAAACUCUCAUUGAAUGGUGACCUGUUCCGAGUUUAUUGUUGUGGUGACUGUAUUAGCUUAAUGGUUCAGUAUGCAUUUAAAGAAGUGAAAGACAUUAUAGACAAGGUGCAUAGCCUUUAUAAUCCAAAGAAGGAACCUUUGUGGUACCUCACAAGCUUUAAUCUGAAAAAUACUAUUGAGUUAUGGUCUAUGGGGGAGUUCUCUUCUGAAAAUGUAACGAGCAAUUAUGAUGUACCAGCUGCUGAGGAAUGGAAUCGGAUUGAGCAAGUAUGCAACAUUGUGGAAAGCAUCUACAAAGUGGCGGAUGGGAUAUUCCAAAAAGAACAUGUCACUGCUAAUCAUUUUCUUUAUCUUCUCAACGAGAUCCGGGCAAUUCUGGCUCCAAUUUCCAUAAAACCCGAGAGUUUUGAAGGAACUAUAGCUAAGGGAAUGUUGGAGCAACUUGACAAGUAUUUUAAAGACAUGUUCUUGGUCCUGGCAAUAGCUGCAGUGCUGGACCCUCGGUUUAAAAUGAAGUAUGUAGAGUUUACUUGUUCACAAGUUUGGGCUAGUAGUAGUGGUAGUACUGAUGAUGGCAUUUCAAAGACUAAGACUUUUUCAGACACCAUUCGCAACUUGUUUGAUGAUUAUGUGAGCAGGUACCCUAAGACUGCUAGUUCAUCUUCUUCGAGUUUGAUGCACAGAUACCAGCAGUUCAUCCAAUCUCAGAAAUGUGACAUGAAAUCAGAACUGGAGUGGUACUUGGAACAACCGGUUUUGCCUUGGAGUGAUGAUUUCCUUGUCUUGGAUUGGUGGAAGACCUCAAGUAUCCAAUACCCUAUACUUUCUAGGAUGGCUCGUGAUAUUUUGGCCAUACCAAUGUCUCUUGCUACCUCAUAUGAUGCAUUUUACACUGAACCAAGGCCUGUGGAGGAAUAUUUAAGUAGGUUGAAUUCAAAGAUGGUGAAUGCCUUGGUUUGUACUCGAAGCUGGUCCAAAAAGGAUUCAACUUCGACGAGUACUUGA